ACACCAAUCUCGCAACGACAUCAACAUGUACUUGCUAGAAUUUCCGCCCUCCAUGAUGCCGCUACCGUCAGGCGUGAACGGUCCGCCGUACGUGAUGUUUGGCAUCAAUAGCCAGGACUGUACCAGUCUACUCCCCACCGACGUACCUCUGCGCCUGGUCCUUCAUUUUGCACCGGCGCUCAAGAAAUGGAUUCUUCCUCAGCCCGAAAUUCUUUCACAACGAGCAAUUCGCAUGUCCCUCACCACACCCCACGUUGGCAUCAACAUCCUUGCGAGUAUCGAUGCGACCGGGUUGGCCUGGAUUCUAGUACGCAUGCUCCAGAUAGCCAACCUUUCAGUCGAUAAGAAAUUCUUCAUCUUCGAUCCCUCGCUCUCUGUGUCGAUCGCCAUACAGCAAGCGUGGCUGGCACUUGAACUCCCACUGGAGGGGCUGGCAAGUCUCCAUGUCCAUAUGCAGAUGUCCCUCAUGUAUGGCAUGCCUGUGGUCUUCCCCGAGAUGCGAGCGCUGUGGUCCAUGUUUCCUCCCGCAUCGCCAGUCAUACAAGCAAUGGGAGACAACUUCGUUCAAUCGCAUCUUGCGAAAUCGUAUACGCAGCCCGAAUUCUCCGCCAUAAGGAACUGGUACCUAGCAGAUCUCGAACGAUAUCGCUUCUUCAUACCCCUGGAGAAGAGGGAUCCGAGCUUCGGCAAGAUACAAGACGAAAUGAUUGCCGAUAUUGUCGCUGAGAAAGUAAAGGCGGAUGCAGCGGCCCAGGAAGCAGCCAAAACACCGAUGAGGAUCAGACGCAAGAAAAAGUUGGAUGAAGCGACUGCAUCUGUGCAGGAUACGACAAUCCUGAGCAGCGCAAAGUACGAGGGACGAGAGCGAAGACGAGAGGAGAGGCGGCAAAGUGACCUGACCAAAUCGUACUCUCAACCCAUUGAUUCUGUGGCGCUCAUGAAUGCGAUUGCGCAAGAGCGGAGCUUCCGAGACGAAGAGUGAACAC